AUGAAAGCCCUCAUAUUAUUAGCAAUUAUUGUAUUGAAUACUGUUCAAUGUGUUGAAACUCCCUCUUGGCUUAGCCAAUCUGCUUUUGAAACUUCAUUAAACUGCGUUUCAGCUUUGAAGACUCCCGAUUGUAUUGAUACAACUUGCAUUGAUGCUGCAGUUGCUUACUCCCUUUGUAUCUUUUGUUAAUCUUAUAAUGGUAGCUACAGUUCCUAUUUAAAUUGCGCUAAAGAUUGUGCUACUAUUUUUAUUAAUGAUCCCACUACUAAGGAUAAUACUACAGUUGCUGCUUAUGCUAACGGAUAUACUUCUUGUAUUCAAGCUAUUAAUGGAUAGAUAUUGGCCUUAUCAACUUUCUUCUUAGCUGUUUUCGCUUUGCUCUUCUGA